AUGGAGAAGACCACAGUGACGAGAACCUUCAGUAUUGGAGCCAUCAGCAACCGAGUCCAGGCUGUUUCUUCUGAGGACUUCUCCACCACCCGCAGACACAGCAGUGCUGGGCUCAGGGCACUGCUCUGGGCUAACAACAGUAAGCUCUUUGGAUGCUCUCUCAACUCAGACUCCCAGAGCAGCCUGGAGAACACCUUUCCAAACAUCCUGACCCCUGGCAGCAUUCCUCAGUUCACCAUACCCAAUCUGUCAGUGACCAGCAGCCUCAGAUCUUUGGACGCUUCCACCACAGGAGAUGAGGAGGAGGAGAGUGAGGGUCGUGGGAGCUCUGAACAGGACUCAGCAUCUGCAGCCAACUCCAGCAAUUCCUUGUCUGGCCCGAGAUUGUGUGUGCGUAAGGCUGAGCGCAGUGUGUCUGACCCCCUGAACCAGAGGAGGGUUUUACAGCAGAGGGAUGUCUCAUCUUCUCACACAGGGGACCACCAGUGCCUUGAUCCGGCCAGCAGGGCAGCCUUCUCCCUGCCACACCUACCCAAGAUCACCACUCCUUAUGGCUUCAUCACCCUGAGCCAGAGCCCGCACAUGGCCAAUGAAGAGGCUCUGUUGCGGUGUAAGGACGUUGACACCAUGUGCAGGUAUCGCAAAGCUCCUCUGAGAAGGACGUCCCAGCAGGCCGUGUGCAGCCAGAGACUCUCCUCUACAGACACACCAGCAAACACUCGGUGCACCACCCCUGCUUCCUGCCAGGUCACUGCGGCUCCCACAGAUGGCAAGUUCAAAAGCCGCUUCCGUGAGAUUAUAAGAAAACAUUUUACCACCCGCAACCGAUAG